AUGAUCAAUUUCAGCAUCGACUUCAUUACUGGCCACAGUGAGCGCGCCGACUCGACGGGCAACAGUCCCGACGUACACGGGGGCUCCGUGUUUUCUAAUGAGUCUUCUUCUUCGGCGGCCAGCGACUCCGGCAGCAACGGCUCCGACGCCACGGACUCCAUCGCCCAGGCGCUUUUGGCUCUCCACAAGACGAUCUCUAGCGACUGCGGGGCGACGACAAAGCCGAGUCACUCUUACAUCGCUAUCAUCUCCAUGGCCAUCCUCAGCAACCCCGACAAGAAGAUGCUGCUGAGCGACAUCUACCAGUACAUCAUGGACAACUUCCCCUUCUACAGCGACAAGAACAAGGCCUGGAAAAACAGCAUCCGCCACAACCUCUCGCUGAACGAGUGCUUCACCAAGAGCGGCCGCGCCGGCAACGGCAAGGGCAACUACUGGUCCAUCCACCCGGCCUGCGAAAACGACUUCGUCAAUGGAGACUUUCGGCGCCGUCAUGCACGUCGUCGGGCGCGCAAAAGCGCCACCAAGGACGUCGGGGCCAACAAUGGCGUUUCGUCCGGCUAUCACUGUAACAUGGGUUACGUGCCCAUGACGCCCACCACCAUGACCAGCUCCGUCGGCUUCCCGACCUACUCGCCGCCGAUGAUGUACCCCAGCUCCAUGUACUCCGGCCUCUACCCUACUCCAGCACAGACCCUGUACGCCCCAGCGCCGGCGAUGCAGACACAGUACGUUCCAGCCGCCAGUAUCUCCUCCCGCACGUCUGCACAGAACUGGAGCUUUGAUUUCUUCAAGAGUAUGGACAUGGCGUCCAUGAAUCAGUCGUAUCCUUCCGUUUGUUACUAA